GCCCCCCCGAUUCUGCGGCUCUUCUACAUAUUAGCACUCCAUCACGUCUAGCUGACGUACAGGCAAGGCUGUUGCCAAUCAGCUGAGACUGCCUAAACGGCGAUAGCUUAUCUUACGAAGCACGCCUCUUUUUGUCUCUGGACCUCUAUCACUACUCAGUCGGCUGGCAACUCCCCUUUUUUUCUCGUUAUGCUUAGUUUGUUAUGAUGUAUCUUGAAAGGCGCGCAGAUCCGAUUCCGCUUCCACCGAAGCCCUACGUCCUGAGCCCCAGUGGAAGUUUCGAUGGUAACGACGGGAAAUGGACCACCUUCCUCAUCAACAUUGGUGACGAUGGCACUGGCCAGGGCCAGACCGUCAAAGUACUCAUAUCAACAUCUUCGCCAUUGACAUUAGUGCCUCAGCAGGCCGGAUGGUGCAAUCAAGACUGCGCAAAACGUCGCGGGAUGCUGAUCUUCCAUGGAAAACAACCUCUUGGACUUGAGCUGUCACAACAAUGGAAGACUGCGGGAAUCUACAACAUUCCGUUACCAAACUGGUGGUCGAACAACUUGACCGCCAACUCUACUAGCACACUAAGUGGAGUUUGGGGCUCAGAGAAUCUAGGCAUGGGGGAAAGCUCUGCCCAGAGCCCUGUGAUACAGGAGCAAUAUGUCGUCAAGUACACCUUCCAGGAUUUCUUCCUGGGCUCUCUUGGUUUGGCAGUGGGAGAGGUCGGCCCACAAGGCGGGACCAAGCCAAAUUUCUUGGAUAACUUUUACAAGGCUGCGAAUCAGAUCGCAAGCGCAUCGUAUGGUUAUACUGCCGGCGCCUACUAUCGAAACAAUGGCAGAGGAGUUAUGGGAAACCUUGUACUCGGAGGCUAUGAUAAAUCGCGGUUUACAGCUCAAGGCCCAACCAUCUAUAUGCCGAAUGAGAAAAACAACUCUUUGGUUGUCGGUGUUCAAUCCAUCCUAUACGCACCGGACCAGGACGUCGAGACGGCCACAUAUUCCAUCUCAAGACCGGAAGAAGGCUUCGAGGCCAACAUUGACUCGACCAUUCCAUACCUUAUACUGCCAGAUAGAAUCUGCAAUGAAUUCCAACAGAAGUUCCAGCUGCAGUUUGACGAGGAUAUAAAACUAUACACUGUAAACAAAUCAGCGCAUGAGUGGAACACGCAACAGAACGCAACUGUAUCUUUCAAGAUCGGCGCUGGUCGACAAGACAGCAAUAAAUUUACCACUAUAGUCCUCCCAUAUGCUGCCUUCGAUCAACAAGUCAGUUUUCCAAUUACCGCUGAGGCCACACAGUAUUUUCCUAUCAAGAAAUCGGAUAAUGGCAUCUAUGUCCUAGGCCGCACCUUCCUCCAGGAAGCCUACAUUGUGGUCGACUAUGAGCGUGCCAAUUUCACAGUUGCGCCAGCUUACUUCUCGGAGCCUAUGCCAGACGAGAGCCUUGUCCCGAUAUUCAACAAGACUUACACAGGGAUAAUGCCACAGAAAGAUGCCGACUCCGGGCUUUCUACGGGCGCGAUUGCGGGAAUUGUUGUCGGAAUUGUGCUCGCCUUCAUCAUCGCCGGUGUUGGUGCCUUCUUGUGGUGGAAGAAACGACGACACACCAAAAUGAAUGCAUUACCACACAACAAAAACCCCUCCGAGGUUGACACAGCCUCUGCAGGUGACGAAGUCAAGUAUCCUCGCGUUUUAGAGCUCACUGGCUCUGAGCUCCCGAAGCCAUCCACGACUGAAUACUACGGUAACGACCACAAGUUGAUACCGCCCAUCAGUGAAAUGUCGCCAGAGAGCCCACCUGCCGAGCUCUACAGUCCACCGCAGGAGAGCGCAAGUGAGAGGACUAGCCCCGACUACUUUGCGGCAGGCAAGCCACGUCGGCGCGGCGCAACGAGAGAUUCCUCGGGUCAGAAUACACCAGGCACGCAGAUCGCUGAAUUGCCUGGCGACGGCACGUUUCAACCUGUGCACAGUCGAGGCCCAAGCGACACCUCUCUCUCCCCGAAAAUCGACCAAGUACUAGCAAGGCAGCCAGUGGUACAGCCAGGAGAGGCUGCAACUGCUGAUGAAAUACACAGGGCGAGAGCGGGGCCAAACCUUGAAGAUACCGUACAAGAACACGACCCUAGAUUAGAGCGCCGGCCAUCGCACGCCAGAAAUUUGAGCGACACAACAGUCCAGAGUGACAGCACGGCUGUGUCUCAACCGACACCCGAUGAGCUAGAGCGCUGGGCAAGAAGUGUAGAUGAUGGGCCAAGGCGGCCGAUGUCUCCGUGA